CACAGAGACAGCAGCGUUGAGCAGAAUGGAUACGAAGCAGGUUCCUAUUAGAACAAGAGGAUUCUUCUUUCAUGAUCCGUUCUUUCAGAUUAACUGGGAGAAGUUUGAGAGCUUGAAGACGAGUUUGCUCCGGGUUUCUGGAGAUGUAUGGAACAGGUUCAGACAAUAUUGCAGCUUUAUCCCGUUCUUCCCAACAAACCAUAUAACGUAUUACGUAAUGGAUUUUAAAAAAAGAAAUUUGAAUAAACCGUUCCCCCGGAGAUAUAUGCUUCCUGAUCUACCUGGAGUACAGGACGAACACUCCCUCUACGGAUACUCUGAUGACGAGCUGGUGAGGUGGAAGGAGGAUGAGGACGGACUAGAGAUUACUCUAGAUACACAUCUAUAUACACCUGGAGAUAUCAAGGUGGCAGCUGAUGAUGGAAGGAUUAUAGUUCAUAUGAAACAUGAAACAAGAUCACCAGAUCUCAAGAUGAGUGUUCUCAAGGAGUUCAAGAGAACCUAUCUUCUCCUGGAAGGGUUGAGGAAGGAUGAUGUGUUCUCCGAUCUAUCUGCUGACGGAGUAUUGGUUAUCUCCGCUCUUAAACCUGGCUCAAGGCUCAGGGUUGGGAAGAGUUUUAACUCCGGGCUACUUCAAGAACCGAAACACAAGAAGUUUAAGUAUUCUCCGAAUCCUAUAACAGAUGACAUGGGUUUAGGAAAUCUGAUGAGCACUGGCAUGCUUUAAAGAUAAAAUGAGUGGCGUAGAAAAAUAAAAUAAUAAUUGCAUCUGAAACCCAUCUUAAAGCAUUUUUCCUUUCAUAUUCAAACAACAUUUCUUUGUUAAUGUAAUCUUGAUUGAAAAAGUGUGAAGAUAGUUUUCAAUCUAAAGAAAAAAGAAAAAAAAUGGUAAGUUGAUCUCUACAGUAAAGAUUGAACACAAUCUCAAGGAAGAAUGAAAUAAAGUUGCAUUUUAUCAGUUCCAUUAAACUAAAAGAUUAUUUGCUGAACCUUAGCUUUAUCAAUACUUUCUAGAGAAGAAGUUUAAUCAGUGAAAUGGACACUGAAAACACUGGAAAAGAUAUUUAUUGUGAACACAUCCCACACCCCCCUCUACGUACAUCAAGCCCAGGGGGGAUGGGCUGCUUUUUCAUUCAUCCUGAAAAGUUGGAAGGGAAAAAAUUAAAGAUAUUGCAGAAAAGGAGUAGAGUUUUUGCCACAAACUCUGAUUUUCUAAUCUCUAUAGCU